UUGAAAUUUGCUCAAAGAUAUUUCCAGGAGUUCGAGUCGGAUAACACCGUGAUUGCUCUUAUUGUAUCUCUUCUUACCGGUUUCACACUAGGAAGCGGACCAUUAGCAUCAGCUGUGUGCAAUAGGUAUGGUUGUCGGGCGACAGCAAUCAUUGGAGCCAAUAUUUCUAUCGUCGGAUGCACUCUAUCAUACUACGCAACAGAAAUGUGGCAUAUAAUCCUUUCUGUUGGAAUUGUUAUGGGUAUUGGAUCUGGUUUCAUGUACUGUCCUGCGAUUGUCAGCGUAACCAUGUAUUUUGAAAAGCGAAGAUCUUUAGCCACAGGAAUUGCGGUUACUGGAGCAGGAGUGGGUACGAUGGUGUUCUCACCCAUCAAUGAUUUUGUACUGACUCGAUAUGGAUGGAGAGCAGUUUUCCUCGUUUUCACUGGUAAGCGACUGCAAUAA